UAUGUUAUGAAGGCUGCAGACGUAGACACAUACUGCGUGAGUUAGGAUGGGGGCUUCAUCAGGAAGCGAAUAGAUGGUUUAAACCUGUUUAAACGUGUCACUGAUUGGUCAUGCUGAUGUUAUGCCACAUAUGGAUCACUCUCUGCUGUGGUUUUCUUGGGACCUACCUGUCGUUCUCAUCUUUUGACAAACAUACACAUGUUCACUUCAUUUCUAUGUCUGAAGUUGUCGCUGGGUACUGUUUCUUAUGCAUGUUGCAGACGGGAAGCCAAAGGGGCACAGUACAUCGAACGAGGAUGGUGUGGCCGCCUCAGAAGAAUAGGCAUUACUCGCCGUCCUCAGAGUCAUCCGUGACGUGCAUCUAAUCCAAUUCUCAGACUCUCCUGGCCACUAAUUCACUAUUAUCACAUUCCUGCACCCAGGCGUGUCCGCAACCUCUUCCAAGUUCCUCCUCUUCCCCUACGUAGCUUCACACAUAUCCACUUCCACGGAACCUUGCCGCGCAC